AUGACAACUCAGCAAGCAGUUUUUGCAGAUACCAUAGCUUGCAUGAAGAAAGCCAUUAAGCGGAAGGCAUACGAUUCUGACUCUGAUACUUCAAUCGAUAAAUGUACUAACAGAGGCAAUAAGCUAAGGAAAAGAGCAAGAUUCGUUUAUGAGGGUCAGCUAGUGCCUCCGUCCGGGCCUCAAGUUUACAGAAGAACGAUCGAACAUGCUGGUUAUCACCGAGAAAUUCUAUAUCGAAACCCGCCGUUGAUUGAUGAAGAUGGCUAUGAAGUUGACAGUGAUGACGAUGACGAAAGAGCCCGAUCAGCUGUAGAUGCUACAGCUCACCUUAAUCCAUUUACACAAGUCAAACUGGAGCGGCUUCUUGCACCGCUGACAGCUGUCUCUGAAUUGCCAGACCAUCCCACGUUAUCAAAACCAUUCACAUCUCAAAACCUUACCCAUCUCACUCAACAGGCUAGAGAUAUGAUACAAAAAGAAAUGUCUUUUCUAUGGAAGCUCAAACAUUUAAUGACCAAGAUGAGUGGUGAUAAUAACUGGAUACCGUGUCAAAAUGUUGAAGGAGAAAAUGACUGGGCACUUUUCCUUGAUAAUCAAAGCAAUAAUCAUGGAAACCUAUCCAAGAACGCCAAUUUAACUGAGAAAAAGUAUCAAGCACCUUCAGGCCGAGCACUAAUUGGAGCCGAGAAACACUCUCCGGACUCUAUAAUCGCUGCCGUCAAACAACUGAUUGCAAAAGAGCAACAGAAUGGGAGCGGAAAUAGAAAUAAUAAUACCACUUUAUCAGAGGAAGAAACCUUAAAAAAAAGAGAGGUAUAUGUCGCAAAUGAGUCACAUUCGAAUCACGAAAACCACGAUCAGAAAAUUCUUUUGAUAAGCAAACAACCGGAACUAACACACUCUUUGGGUGCUGUAGAAGACAGUAGUAUUACUGAAGACCAGGAAUAUAUGCCGAUUACACACCGUAUGCGCACACGAGCUCAGACACAAGCUGACACUGAGACUACAACAGACAAAAAUACAAAAGAACCAUAUGAAAUUAAUGACGAAUCGUUUGUUCAUCCUUACUUCCUAGCUACUCAAUCUUCUCGACCGGAUCGAGAUGUUGGAAUACCCCAUAAUGAAGCUUCAGAGACCCGAAGAGUUCUACAACUUUACAUUCAAAAGCAGGAAGAGGUUUGUCGUGGUGUUAAAAAAAUAUACGACGGGUUACUCAAAGCAGAUCGCUAUCGAAAAUUAAUUAUUAAGUGGGCUAAGGCAGAUAGACACGUCGGCAUCAACAGAGAUAUGUCUGAUGGUGAAGAUUGGUAUGAUAAUGAAGAAUGGGGUCUUGACGAAGAUCUCAAGAAGGGCCAAGAUGAAGAAGAAGAGGAUGCGGCCACUACUGCAAAGAAGACUAGGACGCGAAGACAAUAA